AUGAUCAAAGUAGUAAAGACUGGUCCAAGCAACUUUAUCGAGAAUUCGCGGCCGAACCGAGCGGAACGGCCAGCCAAGGAACAUCCGUCACGCGGUCGGCCAACAUCCGGACGCUCAUCCGUCCCACCUGAACAAUGGCCGAGCUCAUGUACCGAUCCGGGAGGCAACAUCCCGCAGUCAGCCAAACCAAAAUCACACAGCCGAAGCCACGCACGACCGUACCGCGCGAACCGGGAAGCAUUGCCUCGCGGCCGUGCGGCACAACUCAUGUACCGCGGCCGAUCGCGCCGUCCGACCAGGAAGGCCUCGUCCCACGUCCGGCCGAAUCCUUCGACCAAAAUCAUCCGUCCGGCUGAGCCCGACAAACGAACGCGAAAACUCUCGGCCACGAUCGACCCGACCGUGCCGAUAGCCGACCAAGACUCGACAGCCAGCCGAACGUCUCGACCGACCGUUGAUGAUAGGAUUUUGUGUGGGUGUGAAAGAUAUGAAAUGAGAUGUGGUGGAAUGCAACAGUGGUAUAUAAUGAGGUGGUAA